AAAUGCGACAAUUGAUUUUGAAAUUAAUUAGCUUACAAAAAUACUAAUCAAAGAAAAAACGAAAUUAAAAAAAAAUUCUUUAAUGUCACUUGAAAAGUUAAGCGAACAGCAAUUGACCAGACAGCCUGAAGAAGUUUUCGACAUUCUUUGUAAAUUAGGCGAAGGUUCCUAUGGAUCGGUAUACAAAGCAUUACAUAAAGAAUCUGGUCAGAUACUUGCAAUCAAGCAAGUACCAGUCGAAAGCGAUUUGGGCGAAAUAAUCAAAGAGAUCUCUAUUAUGCAACAAUGUGAAAGUCUUUAUGUCGUUCGAUAUUUUGGAAGCUAUUUCAAAGGUUCCGACUUAUGGAUCGUUAUGGAAUAUUGUGGCGGGGGAUCCGUUAGUGAUAUAAUGCGUUUCAGGAAAAAAACCUUGACUGAAGAUGAAAUAUCGAUCAUAUUACAAGACACAUUAUUGGGUUUGGAAUAUUUGCAUACCCAUAGAAAAAUUCAUCGCGAUAUUAAAGCGGGCAACAUUUUGCUCAAUAAUGAAGGACAUGCUAAACUUGCUGACUUUGGUGUCGCUGGGCAACUGACUGAUACAAUGGCAAAGCGAAAUACGGUCAUUGGCACUCCAUUUUGGAUGGCACCUGAAGUUAUUCAAGAAAUCGGUUAUGAUUGUUUGGCCGAUAUUUGGAGUCUGGGGAUAACGGCAUUAGAAAUGGCCGAAGGUAAACCCCCUUACGGUGAUAUACAUCCGAUGCGUGCCAUUUUCAUGAUACCGACAAAACCGCCGCCGUCAUUUCGUGAUCCUGAUAGAUGGUCUCCUGAAUUUAUUGAUUUUGUGCAGAAAUGUUUAGUCAAAAAUCCUGAACAGCGUGCGACCGCAAACGAGCUUCUUCAGCAUGAAUUCAUUAAACGAGCACCAUCCGUAGCGAUAAUCCAGAAAAUUAUUCUUGAAGCCAAAGAGAUUCAACAGAAUCAACAAAAUACUUCGUCCACAUUUGGCGAUAAUCUGAACGCCACAAUGGUCUCUGCCAAAGAUAAUACGCUGCGAUCAAUUUCAAAUUAUCCAACCAAUGAUGUCAAUCGUACAGCUGAUUCACAAAUGAAUCGAACAGCUGGAACCAAUUUUACCACAUCUGAUGUGGAAUCGGAUCUUGGAACAUUGAUCAUCAAUGAUGAAACAGAUGACGAAGAUUCGGAAAAAACUCUGAAACCUGCAUUUUUGCAACAUUUCGAGCUUAAGGAUAAGCAAAAGAAUUAUAAAUCCGAUGCAAUGCCAACAAUGGAUGCCACAUUAUUAGAACAUCCAGCCAAAAAUGAAAAUGGUUGGAAUGGAAAUUCUGAUGGAUCAAAUGAUAACAAUAACUCUUCGGUAUUAAGUUCCAUUAACAAUAAUCCGUUGUCCAAAACGAUAAUGUUAGGUGGUGAUUUCGAAUUUUUGCGUUUGCUUAGCCUGGAUGAAUUAAAAGCCCGUAUGGCCAAUCUUGAUCUGGAAAUGGAGGCUGAAAUCGAAGAAUUACGACGUCGUUAUGCUGCAAAACGGCAGCCAAUUUUAGAUACAAUGGAUCAGAAAAAGAAACGACAGCAAAAUUUUUAGAAUUAUUAAUUUCUAACUUAUUUUUUUAUACUAUCUUAUUAAAUGAAGCCUUCCAUACAUUAUUUAUAUUUA